AUGGCAGAAGCCGCCGAGUUAACAUCGGCCACUGUCAGCGUGCCAGCCUUAUUCACCAGCUGCAUCGAGCAAUUUGACAUUGCGGUCGAUGAUGUAAACCUUAGUGAGGAACAUGAGCAGCUAUUUACUCUGUUCUCAUUACAGCGAAUCAGGUUUGGGCUUUGGGGCGAGUCUAUCGGGCUGAUUCCCAGUUAUCACGAAGGACAAAAGCUUCGGUAUGAUAAGAAGCUAGAUCGCCCGGAUAUAAAUGCAGUAGUUCUGAGAAUCCUCAAAAACAUCAAAUCCAUGCUCGAUGGAGCAAAGCCGAUGGGCAGGGCAGAUGGUUUGGGGCCAGUUGGGUUCUCUCAUUCGACGUCUUCACGGGGCUUAGAAGUGUUCAAACAGCCCUACGAAAGACUCAAAUUCAUGUUGCAGAAGGCUCACCCAGAAGUCUCGUCCAAAUAUGUCUUCAGACUCGAUAUUCAUAGAGUUGAUGACUUUGAGGCGAUGAUCAGUCGACUUCGAGACUUUGUUGAUGGACUUGAAAGUAUUACCAAGUCUUUUGGACUUCUUGAACAGCAGCAUGCUAAGCUUGUUGAGGAGAUCAAAGACAUCUCCGACGUUCAAAGUCUGAGACUGCUACGCGAUGCUACUUUGAGAAAAUCGUCACUUCAAUUUCAGGUCUUCGAGACCGCUACUCAACGUCUCGAACUCAUGACCGGAUCUGUCUUGGAGCGCCUCAGCGGAGAAACUCUGGAUUUCAGCACCAUAUACUUGGCAACAACAGCCUCGAUUACAACAUCUGGUGGGAUGAGAUCCUUACAGACCGAAAGUUUGGUCAGUAAUGGCCAUUCACUGUCUGAAAGCGCACGUCUUUCACUGAUUUCAGGACAGCCGCAGGCACAGAAAUUCCGAGCUGUUCCUCCUUUACGCCGGCCGAAAGAAAAAGCAAAGCCGGCGACGUCAUGUACUGAAUGUCUGACAGAACAUUACAAGUGCGUCACAAAUGAUAAAGACCAAGCUUGUACGAGAUGCCUCCAAAUGGAAAGAGCAUGCAGCUUCCUGCUUCUAGUGCAACAUGAAGACGAAGAAGCCAAUGAACCUCAGCUUGGAUCACAGAAUCUUUUGAAGUCAACUCCCGAAGCACUGACGGAGAUUGCAAUCGAGAACUCGACAUCUUCAAGCGGCUUACCUCAGAAUCAACGCUUACUGAGUGACCUAGUUGCGUAG